AUGGCGGCGUCGGCCGACGUGAUUGCGGCGGCGCCACCCAAGGAGGAGUUUCAGAGGGUAUUGGACCACGUCCAGAAACACUCCGCAGCUGCUGGCGUUGACGGCAUAUCUGGCGUUGCAGGCCACAAGAAAAUCAUGCAGUACAUCUACUGCUUGGCGUUGGGGUCGCAGCGUUUGGACCAGGAGUUCAUCAAGUCUGCUACUGGCAUGUGUCUUAUUCGCGAUGCCCGCAAGGGCAAGUUGUGCGUGCGGUUCGCCAUGGUCGACGACAACUUGAAAGUUCGCAGAGGUAUACUUGGCAUUGCAAGGGGGCAUGGCUCCACGGCCGAGGACACGGUGGAGGCGACGAGCAAAAUCUUCGAUGAGUUUUCCACCGUCGUCCUGCGCAACAAGCGGAAAAUCGUCAACGCCAACGUCAGAAGCAAGAUGCGCAAGAUCUGCAAGGUGAUGGUCCAGGACAGCGCCGGGGACGAAGUCUUGGCCGCCGAGAUACAGCGGAGGAAACUCGUUCGGAUGAUGGAGCCUCUCACUCCGAACGUGCGCGCCUGUCCCGUCUGCAAGUGCCGCGGUGGGCGGCGCAUCCUGACCAGGCCGUGGCACGCCGAUGCGCGGAUCAGGGAGAUUGUCAUCAAUUUUGCGUAUGGCAGGAUUUUGCCAGCGCAGUUGGUACAGCACAGCCCCGACCUCCGAGCCGAGUUCAAGAAGGUUGUCAAGGGCGUCCAUCCUGACAUCGAGCAGCACUGCGAGAACCUCAGGGCCGCGAAGCACCGCUUCGAGUCGCUCCAACAGCCUCUUGGGAGAACCUGCAGGUAUUUUCUAGCAUGCCACGCGUUGAUGCUCCGGGUCGCCUGCAAGCGCGCUGGGAAGCCCGCGCAGCGCGCCAAGCAGUGGUUAACUUGGGUGGCGCAAUCCCCCCAGCACACCUUCAUGCGCGCCCUCCUCGCCGACGCGGCCGACGAGAGCAUGCUGGUCAUACGGUCCUUCGACACGGAGACGUUCGACGUGUCGGCGAUCGCCAGCCAUAUUCGCGUGUUCCUG